GCCGGCAUGGACGAUCGAUAGACACUGUCAUCGAAUGCUCUCCAGUUGAUGUUCGAACCGCCGCAAGUCUACCCAUCGCGUAUGCAGAACGAGGUCGAGGUCGAGUCCCAAUUGUCCCUGAUCACGCCAGAGCCAGACUACGUCCAUGGAUCCCAAAUCAUCCCUCUUUCUUUCGAUUCCCCGCAGCCAGCGAUCUCCCGCCGAUCUCGAUCCCGUGUGCGCGACGAACCCUCGAGUUUCGACGAAGCUACCACUACGAGGGAGGUCAUUUUGAAUACUCAUUCGAAGCCCUCUGAGCGGUCCACUGUCGCGACUUCUCAUGCUGAAGACUUCGACAUUGCUGCCGCUGCCGACCUUGCCAAUCACUCGCUCGAAAUAUUCGACUUCGCUCUGCUACGCGCAAAAAAGCCUCCCGAAACCAUCUACGACGCGAACACUUUGCGAUUGCCUUCAACGUGGACGAUCCCAGCGACUGUGCACCGCUAUCUCGCCCCGAUUGACUGCGUCCAAAAGCAGGCUCUGCGCGGCCUGCGUUUUGAGGAAUGCGCAAUCGACGUCAUCGAACGCGAUAGCCUGGGCGGCGUCGAAUUCAUCAUCGACGCGCAUACAGGCGUUCUGCUCGUCUCUCUUCUGUCCCUCCCUGGCGACUGCGCGGACGCCGUCGCGCGCAUUGCGAUCGAGCGCCGUAGCGCGGCGCCGUUCGCGUAUACGCCGCCGGUCCUGAAGGCGCUGCAGAAGCUGCGGCGCGACCUCAAUAUUGAGCAGGCGUGUGGGACGAGUCGCGAGGCGAUGGAGGUGAAGUUUGCGUUUGCGGAUACGGUUUCGGAGGCGGCGUUGUUUGUGCGCAUGUUUGGGAACGAGGCGGAGGAGAGGGAUCAGACAGAUGGUGCGCUUUGGGGCGGGAGGGAGUGGUUGGAUGAUGAGCCUUACGAGGGUGAAAUGGACUAUGCCGCCGUGAAAGGCAUGAACGUCUCCGCCGCCAUCAUUAUGCUUUGUCAGGAGGACCUUACCAUGCAGGACGUCCCGAAUAUGUCCCCGAAGCAGCGUCUCGAUUUCUUCGCACCCUUCAUUGGCGUGGACCGAGUGGAAUCCUUCAACUCUGUUCUAUCCGACCGCCGGCAGCAGGUCGAAGCGAUGUCUUCGGUCAAGGCUUCGUCCACACUGCUCGCACCAGGAAAUUUGCGGUGCCUUUCACUGCUUCGUCAUGCCUCGACUGCUUCGUCGCCCGCUUUGGGAAAUCGCUGCACGACGGCUGCGAAGGCGUGAGUGGCGGGGAACGAAGGCUCGGGGAGAAAGGCUUCGAUUUAGGCGAGAAGGGGAAGGAGGACAUGCCCCCCUCAUCGUAGGUACCCGCCGACUACAGGACAUGUACGUAGACUACGAACACAAUUGACUGCGCCCCAUCCCCAU